AUGAUUAAAGGUAGACUACUGGUCGGACAAAUGUCUUCAGUCGUAACCCCAGCUACAUCAGCCAACACCAUGGGACCCAAGGAGGUGGAGCUGAUCCUGGUGAAGGAGCAGAAUGGAGUCCAGUUCACCAACUCCACCCUGGUCAGCCCUGUACAGAUUCACCCUUCCGAGGAGGAACGUGAGACAUGGGGCAAGAAGAUUGACUUCCUCCUCUCUGUCAUCGGGUUUGCCGUAGACCUGGCCAAUGUCUGGAGGUUCCCUUAUCUGUGCUACAAGAACGGGGGAGGUGCCUUCCUUGUUCCCUACCUCUUCUUCAUGGUGAUAGCAGGGAUGCCACUCUUUUACAUGGAGCUAGCAUUAGGACAGUACAAUCGGGAAGGAGCAGCAGGGGUGUGGAAAAUCUGUCCAAUAUUUAAAGGUGUGGGGUUUACAGUGAUCCUCAUAUCCCUCUACGUUGGGUUCUACUACAACGUUAUCAUUGCAUGGGCUCUCUUCUACCUGUUCUCUUCAUUCACUGGAGAGCUACCCUGGGUCCACUGCAACAACAGCUGGAACAGUGCCAACUGCUCCGAGCUGUGGGCUGUCAACACUACUUUCAACCACACCCACAAGUUCACCCCUGCAGCUGAAUACUUUGAACGAGGAGUGCUCCACCUUCAGGACAGUAAGGGUAUUGAUGAUCUGGGACUGCCACGCUGGCAGCUAACUUCCUGUCUGGCGGUGGUCAUUGUGGUGCUCUACUUCAGCCUCUGGAAGGGGGUCAAGACCUCAGGAAAGGUUGUGUGGAUCACUGCGACCAUGCCCUACGUGGUCCUGACCGUGCUGCUCAUCCGUGGUGUCACCCUUCCGGGGGCCAUGGAUGGCAUUAAAGCUUACCUCAGUGUGGAUUUCCUGAGACUCUGCGAGCCCAAGGUCUGGAUAGACGCUGCCACUCAGAUCUGUUUCUCUUUGGGAGUUGGGUUUGGUGUGCUAAUAGCGUUUUCAAGCUAUAACAAAUUCAGCAACAACUGCUAUAGGGAUGCCAUCAUCACCAGCUCCAUCAAUUCCCUCACAAGCUUCUUUUCUGGAUUUGUCAUCUUUUCCUUCCUGGGAAACAUGUCCCAGAAGCACAACGUGGCCUUAGAUGAAGUUGCCACCAAUGGACCUGGACUUGUUUUCAUAAUUUAUCCAGAAGCUAUUGCUACACUACCUGGAUCUUCCGUUUGGGCAGUCAUCUUUUUCAUUAUGUUACUGACAUUAGGCAUUGACAGUGCUAUGGGUGGGAUGGAAUCCGUGAUUACAGGGCUGAUUGACGAGUUCAAGUGUCUGCACAGGCAUCGAGAGCUUUUCACGCUCUUCAUCGUUGUGUCCACCUUCCUUGUAUCACUAGUCUGUGUCACCAAUGGUGGAAUUUACGUGUUUACUCUGCUGGACCACUAUGUGGCAGGGACAUCGAUCCUCUUUGGAGUGCUUAUUGAGAUCAUCGGCAUUGCCUGGUUUUACGGGGUCGAUCGCUUCAGUGAUGACAUCCAGGAGAUGAUUGGCCACAGACCAGGGUUGUAUUGGAGGAUCUGUUGGAAGUUUGUGAGCCCAUGUUUUCUUCUGUUUAUGUUAGGUGUCAGCUUUGCGACAUCUAACCCCCCCGGUUAUGAUACGUACGUAUUUCCAACAUGGGCCAACGUACUUGGCUGGUGUUUAGCUAUAUCAUCCAUGUCUAUGGUUCCCCUCUAUGCCCUAUACAAGCUCUGCAUCCUGCCUGGACGCUUUUGUGAUAAACUUGCUUAUGCCAUCACCCCAGAGCCAGAACAUCACUUGGUGGAAAGUGGUGAGGUUCGACGGUUUACGCGCAAGCACUGGCUAGUCAUCUGAGCUGUGAAGAGGGGCAUCUGUCUCUUUAAAAUGAGGAGGCACAGCAAGCUCCCUGUACUGUGAGUUCAAAAGUGUGGAAUCUAUAAGUGCC